AUGAGCUCUGCACCAACUGAGCCUGCCGCCAACGGCAACAGCAACGGCGCCUCGUCCGACAAUGCCUCGCGCUUCGACCCCAACUUCACCGCCCACGUCAUCGGCCUCAUGGCCGCCGAGACCAAGCCGCGCCACCGAGAAAUCCUGUCGUCGCUGAUCAAGCACCUGCACGACUUCUGCCGCGAGAUCGAGCUGAAGCAGGAAGAGUGGGUCAUUGGCGUCAACUACGUCAACUCCAUUGGCCAGGCCUACAGGAAGAACCGCAACGAGGCAUGGCGCGUGUGCGACAUCCUGGGCGUCGAGUCGCUGGUCGACGAGAUCAACCACAAGGUCGCCAGCGCCGACGGCAAGCAGCCCACGUCGUCCACCAUCCUCGGCCCCUUCUGGUCGCCCGACACACCCUUCCGCGACCUCGGCGCGUCCGUCGUCCAGGACAUGCCCAAGGACGGCCAGCUGACCUACUUCCACGGCGUCAUGCAGGACGUCGAGACCGGCAAGGGCAUCCCCAACGCGGUCUUUGACAUGUGGCAGGCCAGCACCAACGGCAAGUACGACACCUUUGACCCGGACAACCAGUCCCGCCACAACCUGCGCGGCAAGUUCCGCACCGACGCCGACGGCCGGUACUACUUUUACUGCCUCAAGCCCACCGAGUAUGCCAUCGACACGUCUGGUCCCUCGGCCGAUCUGCUGCGCAUCAUGGGCCGCCACCCGUACCGCCCGGCCCACAUUCACGUCAUGGCAACGCACGACGAUUACAUUGGUGUGACUGCCCAGCUGUACCCCAGCGAUGACCCGUACCUCGAGACCGACACCGCCUGCGCCGUCAAGGACGACCUGAUCCUCAACUUCAAGCCGGCCGCUAAGGACGAGCCCCAGGGCGCCACGCUGGACUGCGAGUACAACAUUUUCCUGCUGUCCAAGAAGUACAAGCCCGAGUCGACCAUGUUGAUGGAGAAUGCAAACCAGAACAAGUUCUAG